UUGCAAAAGGAUUAUACAUGUAGAUUAAAAAUCAUACCAUUCAAUGAAUUAAUAAAUAUUGGAGUCGUCCCGUUUUUUCGCGACAGAUUCAGAAAUCGAUAUUUGAACGUGUUCUGGGGAAAUCAUGAAACACUCUUCCAUCUGUCCUCUCGAAACACCUCUGUGUUUUACCGUGAGUUAUCCCCUUAAUGAUGCCCGCUUUAUCGCAAAAUUUAGUGAGGACAUUCGAAAAGAAGGCAGUCGAUGUUUAACAUUAGGAACGGAGAGAAGAAAAGGUUUAAUUAUCUGUCUAGAGCUUCCAUUCCGAUCUCGCCAUCAUUUCAAGAAUUAGAAAAGUGUGUGUAACAAAUCUAAUAAUAUUGAUUUCAUCAUAAAAUAUAGAUGGUAUGGAGUUUGGGAAAACCGCCCAUUAAACCGGAUAUUCCGUCACUAUAUAGCUAAUCAUUGACAGUGUCGCCACCACUGUAAAACAGACAGAAUCCGAGGUGAUAUCGAUCCAUUACAGAACAGCGCGAGAGAAACACAUCGAAAAACGAAUGACGAAAAAGCCUCUCUUUGAUUUGGAAUAAUUUUCAUCAAUGGAUGAGCAUUAUGUCGUGUCUCUGGUAAAUACCAUUGGAUGAUAAGUGACGGAGGUGAAGGGAUUUCACUGCUAUGUCAAGGCGGUCCUGCAGACGUGUCAACAUGCCAUACCAUACAGUCUGAGGAUGCCUCAAGGAACGGAUAUAUCAGACAGAAGCUUUGAUUCCGGUUCCGGACAGGCUGUGCCUACUUACGUCACGCUAAUUAUCCUGGUGACGGGGGUGGUAGGAGGCGUGGUGAUUGUUGUGGCCGUUCUCUUCUGUUGUAAAUGCUGCUCAGAAAGGUCCAAAUCAAGAAGAGGAUUCAACACCAGUGACUCCAUCAACAUUAAUGACAUAGAAAGGAGUGUGACGUCACCGACCUCGAAAUAUGAAAACGUUCAUUCUGACCUGUUUUCGGACCCCAGUACCGGAUCAUUAGACGGGAUUCUCUCCAGCCCGCGACACGACCACAGUCAAAAAGAAACAGAUCAACUCUUCUACGAAGCAUCUGAAACAACAAAACUGAAGUCAGACUUUGAAAAAGAUGACUAUAAGAAUGAUCUUGGUAAUCUAGAGUAUUCCAAAGAGGAACCAAAUUCUAAUACCGAGGAACCAACUAACGACAAAGCCUCGAGAUACACCGAUGGAGAUUUCCAUCAUCUAAAACGAUCCAGGAUAGGAAAAGUCGUCCCUCGCCAGCUUUCCCUGGGGUCAAGAAACACUGAAGUUUCUGAUGGACGCGAUCUACCGGAACAACCACUCUCAGACAAAGUAAAGGAAUCCGUAGUGAGUGAGGGGGACUCAAGGGCCCGCAGAUACAGCGGGAAUGAAUCUCCCUCCCCAUCAAGCACCCCUCUUAAAACUGAGGUGGCUGUAGAAAUACACCACAACGCAUUGGAUAACAAACCACUUAAAAGUUUACCGAAGUUCAAGCCGUCAGUGAGCGAGAAGAAACAUUGGCGCUUUAAGUUGUAUUCACAAAGUAUGGACGCUGCGUCAACUGAAUAUGAGCAUAAACAAGAAGAAAGAAGAUCUCGGAGUUACCACGACAUUGGAGAUUAUGAUGUCCUCCAAAUAACGGAAUUCAAAGGUCCCUUCUAUAACACUGAUUUUGAUGCCAUAUCAGAGCUUGGGUCUUCAAGCAGCAGCAAAGUAUGCUAUAAUGACACAGGUAGCAUUGAACAGUUAAAUGACGAGAACCUAGACAGUUUGGAAUUCUUUGAAGAGUUUGAAAUGGACACCCUAAGGAUUGAUGACAGCGACGACAAUGAAACCAUUAACGGUACACAAAAAUAUCGCGAACUUUGGAAUCUGAGAACUACCUUUGAAGAAGAGGAGGAGUGUAGUGAUACGAUACGCAUGGAGGAUAUGACAUCACCAGACCAGUCACCUGAUGCAGAUGUUCAAAAAGUGUUCGAUUCUAGAGCAAGUCCUAAUGGUCAAGUGAAAGAUGAAAGGUGUAGUUCUGUUGAAACAGAGCCAACUGGAGAAUCAAACUCAAUGAUUUUGAACCCUGCGUCAGAGAAGAGACGUCAGAAAUAUAAAAAUAUUCUAGAGCGGCGGAGCGAGCAACGUUCAAUACACUGCUCCCCUAAUGCUGAAAAUAGUUUUGAUAGCAUUACCACAGCAGAUACCGACGGUGAUCGCUCAGACACUAGUAGACCGGAAGUGACAUCAACUUCCUUUGAGUCGACGACGGACAAUACAGACAGUACAACAGAGAGCCAAAACCACAAACUGAUUCAGAUGAAGGCGGAUAGUGGAUACAAGUCACUAGAGACUCAACAUCCUUCACAUUUAUUCAAGAGAAAUCAUACUACAGGUGAGAUUGAAGAAGAAAUUGUUGAAUUAGAACCAGUAAGUGAGAAAGUAUUUGUUCAUGCGCACUCCCUUCCGGAGAGCGGAUCUUCCGGUGAACGCGCCUACUUUGAUAGACGCACAGGCAAAACUGCCUCUCGAAAAAGACGAGAAUAUCGUAGAGAACGACAAAUGGUACAAGUGUAUGAAAGCAUUAACGAACCCGAGAGUGAUUCGAAAUCUGAUCAGCAGUCAUUUGAAAGUAUAAAAGUCGCUUCGCCUUCUAGCAAGUUCUCGAUGUUUUCUCGAUUGUUCAAGUCAAAUAAGGACCACAAAGAAAGGCCACAUUCUACUCGUGAUUAUUCUAUAGAUGAAAAAACCAAUACAGUGUUCCAGGAAUUUCUAAGGUUUGAUCCGGCAUUAGAAAAUAGGUUUCGCUCUGCGAGUCAACCUAGGAUUCAUUUACCAAAACAAAGACUUCAUAGAAAACAUUCGGAUGUCAAGUAUUUUGAGGAAAGACGACGAGACAGAUUGGCUCCGGACAAACGAAGCUUGAGUUUAGGAAGCGACAGUAGCGCUAAUUCCAUUCGGAGACUCUCUCCCCAAGACAGCAUCGAAGAGGAAGAUUUAGAGGAUGUACGAAAGGAGGAGGAAGAGAGCAUGUCACAUGAUCCACUUUUACAGAGUAUGUUGUCUGGUCACGUGGUACAGAGCCUCCCUCUUCCAGAAGAGGAAGUCGGAGUUGAAGAAUCGUAACGAUGUGUCGUGCUUCUUACAAUCAAUUUUUACUAUUCCAUCUCUCCAGAAUUCAAUUAUUACAAUGUCUAUUGUCUUGCAGUGAUGUUAAGUUGAAUAACUCAAUGGUGCAAAUUAUAUUUUACACUAUAUGUAGUAGUUUGAUCACUAGGAUAAAAACUUGCAGUGUAUGUAUCAGUAUGAUAAAAUUUAUAUAUCGACUGACGAGUGCUUUAAGAGUGUCGAAGGACAAAUGUUCUUAUAUAUGUGAUCAUAAUAAUCCAAGUCAGCAUAUUUUUUACUGUGAAAAUGUUGUUUAGCAUGUGAUAGGAUCCCCCCCCCCCCCCAUACUUAUACUUUUCUUUUCUUUUUUUCUAUUUUACAUAUAAUUUUUUUAUAUAUAGAAAUUUUAUCAAAGAAAUAAAUGCUAAAAU